UCCGAAGCCAGAUGUGUGUUAAGAAUUCAGUAGUUUUGGUGGUCCAAAAACAUCAAAAAAUAUCAAAAUUUUCCGAGUUUGUUAAGCACGGCAAAUUUGCCGAAUUUGCCGAAUUAGCCGAGCUCGGCAAAUUUGCCGAAUUUGCCGUGCUCGGCAAAUAUUGAAGAAAGAGAUUUGCCGAAUUUGCCGAGCUCGGCAAAUUUUGAGAUUUGCCGCACACCCCUGAUUCAAAACCUUGGUGCUUCCGGGGAAAAAAAGGGAAAAUCCCACGUCACCAUUUUCAGUAUUUUUUGAAUAAAAACACAUCAAUUCUAUUCUCUAGUUCUCACAUGAUUCUAUCACAUACUCUUUUAUUUUAUUUUCUGCCCCAACUACCAACACAGGCUCCCCUUCCUCUUCCAACCAAUGAGCCGUCGUCCCGCCUCCUCGCUCUGAGGCUCCGCCUCCCUCCCCGGUGAGCUCUUCGACACGGACGGGAAGCGCGCGACGAAUCAGAUACAGGAAAAGGAAGCGGAUGCGAAUGCAAGUCGUCUCGUCAGCCACGCUGCCACCAACCGUCGCCUCGGCGGAUCUUGCCAUCGUCGGAGGCAGAUCAUCGGAUGAGGAUGUGAUCAAGUAUUCGGCCAUUCAAACCAUCAAACAGGAGCAGCAGCAACAGCAGCAGCAGCAAUCCAAUACUGCUCUUCCGUCCUACAAUUUCCCAUUUUUCAAUGGAAUGCAAAACGAUUUCCCGCCAAAUCGAAUGCUCUACAAUGACAACACAAUGCAGAAAAGUGAAAAUGAUCACUUCACCGGUAUGAACCUCUCAACAUCGGCUUCAUCAUCAGGAAACUCCACAUCUUCAAAGGAUCAGAGCCGCCGUCAAUUCUAUACCGAAAGCAGUAAUAGCUCUGGAAAUGGAGCCGCCGCCACGAGCGGAAGCAAUGGAUCGAGCUCAAGUACCGAAAGCAAAAGUGACGUCUUCAACAUCUCUAUGAACGCGUUCGCCGCCACUCCAGGAUCAAAAAGCGAGGAUCAUAACAUUCCGAGUUUCAACAUGCUCAGCUCCUACUACACCGGAGCUCUCAAGCUGAGUAACUCGACAUCGUUUGCCAAUCCAGACCCCUAUCAAAUCCUGGGACCAACCAGCAAAAACCUCGCACAUUCCGGCAGUGGACAGACUCAGCUCUGGCAAUUUCUCCUUGAACUCCUCUCGGACAAACGCUACUCCGAAGUGAUUACCUGGGAGGGCACACAGGGAGAGUUCAAGCUUGUGGAUCCGGAUGAAGUGGCUCGAAAAUGGGGAGAAAGAAAGUCAAAGCCAAACAUGAAUUAUGAUAAGAUGUCGAGAGCUCUUCGCUAUUAUUACGAUAAGAAUAUAAUGGCAAAAGUCCAUGGGAAGAGAUAUGCGUAUAAAUUUGAUUUUCAAGGAAUCGCACAGGCUCUCCAGCCUCCAACUGCUUCUCAUCCACAGGAUUACUUUAAUUCUCAUGCGAUGGGGAGAAUUGCUCCUGAUUUCUCAUCGUGGACAAGUGCAAAUUAUCGAUCUCUGAAUAUUGCCGGGUUUAAUAACGGCAGCACAAUUUUCAACCCAUCAGUCAACUACAGUGCAUUUGGAGCCACCGGCACCUCGAAUAAUCUCUCGGCGGCACGAGCAUUCCCUCUUUAUCGAUAGUCACCCCCCAUAAUUCCUCCAAUCUAUGAUCUCUCCUACCUUUUGAAGUGAACGGGAUUUCUUCAUUUUAUACCAACUUCUUUAUUUUUGCUCUACCUUAAUUUUUCGUCUUGAUCUCUAAUAAUUCUUUAAACAGUAUGUCCAUCUAGUCUCCUGAGUUGUACAUUUUGGUUUUGCACAUACCUCUUUCUCCUCGAAUGUCUCUAGAUAAUUACAAUAUAUUUUGAAAAAUUUAAUGAAUUCAAAAAAAAAGUAUAUUAAAAUGCA